CAUGACCUCAUCCUGAGCCAGCUGUAGCACCUGUCUCGCGAGAUUCCGCGAGGCGAUAAGUUGAAGAAACAUGGCGUCGUCUAAUUUGUUAAAGAACAAGGGCUCCCUGCAGUUUGAGGACAAGUGGGAUCUGAUGCGGCCCAUCGUUCUCAAGCUGCUCAGACAGGAAGCCGUCACCAAGCAACAGUGGUUCGACUUGUUCUCAGACGUCCAUGCUGUGUGUCUAUGGGAUGAUAAAGGGCCAGCUAAAAUCCAUCAAGCUCUGAAAGAGGACAUCCUAGACUUCAUAAAACAAGCACAAGCUCGGGUUCUGAGCCACCAGGAUGACACCGCACUGCUGAAGGCUUACAUCGUAGAAUGGAGGAAGUUCUUCACACAGUGCGACAUCCUGCCCAAACCCUUCUGUCAACUGGAGAUCACGCUCAUGGGAAAACAGGGCAGCAACAAGAAAACCAACAUGGAGGACAGCAUCGUACGGAAGCUCAUGUUGGACACAUGGAACGAGUCAAUUUUCUCCAACAUUAAGAGUCGCCUGCAGGACAGCGCCAUGAAGCUGGUGCACGCUGAGAGGCAGGGGGAGGCCUUCGACUCGCAGCUGGUCAUAGGAGUACGAGAGUCCUAUGUGAAUCUGUGUUCCAACCCAGAGGACAAGCUGCAGAUCUACAGGGAUAACUUUGAGAAAGCCUACCUGGACUCCACAGAGAGGUUUUACAGAACACAAGCACCGUCCUACCUGCAGCAGAAUGGCGUGCAGAACUACAUGAAAUAUGCCGACGCAAAACUGAGAGAAGAGGAGAAAAGAGCACUCAGAUAUCUAGAGACACGUCGUGAAUGCAACUCUGUUCAAGCACUUAUGGAGUGUUGUGUGAAUGCUCUGGUGACUUCGUUCAAAGAGACCAUCCUAGCCGAGAGUCCUGGGAUGAUCAAACGAAAUGAAACAGACAGGCUGCACCUGAUGUUCUCUCUGAUGGACAAGGUUCCCAGCGGCAUCGAGCCCAUGCUAAAGGACCUGGAGGACCACAUCUGUAAUGCUGGACUCGCAGACAUGGUGGCUGCUGCAGAGACCAUCACUACUGACUCAGAGAAGUACGUGGAGCAGUUGCUGACUUUGUUUAACCGCUUCAGUAAGCUGGUGAAGGAAGCCUUCCAGGACGACCCUCGCUUCCUCACUGCAAGAGACAAGGCAUACAAGGGCGUGGUGAAUGACGCCACCAUCUUCAAACUGGAACUGCCAACCAAACAGAAGGGUGUGGGUAUGAAGACUCAGCCGGAAUCCAAGUGUCCGGAGCUGCUGGCUAACUACUGUGACAUGCUGCUGAGGAAAACCACGCUCAGCAAGAAGCUCACCUCAGAGGAGAUUGAGCUCAAACUCAAAGAAGUGCUGUUGGUGUUGAAGUACGUUCAGAAUAAAGACGUGUUCAUGCGUUACCACAAAGCACAUCUGACCAGGCGCCUGAUUCUGGACAUUUCAGCAGACAGCGAGAUUGAAGAGAACAUGGUGGAGUGGCUGAGGGAAGUAGGAAUGCCUGCUGAUUAUGUGAACAAGCUGGCCAGGAUGUUUCAGGACAUCAAGGUCUCAGAGGACCUCAAUCAGGUCUUCAAGGAGAUGCACAAACACAACAAGCUUGCACUACCAGCGGACAGUGUGAACAUUAAGAUCCUGAACGCUGGAGCGUGGUCCCGCAGCAGUGAGAAGGUGUUUGUCUCUCUGCCCACGGAGCUGGAGGACCUUAUCCCUGAGGUGGAGGACUUCUACAAGAGGAACCACAGCGGCCGCAAGCUGCACUGGCACCACCUCAUGUCCAACGGCAUUAUCACCUUUAAGAACGAGGUGGGGCAGUACGACCUGGAGGUGACCACGUUCCAGCUGGCGGUGCUGUUCGCCUGGAACCAGAGGCCCCGGGAGAGGAUCAGCUUCGACAACCUGAAACUGGCCACUGAGCUGCCCGAUGCAGAGCUACGGCGCACCCUCUGGUCUCUGGUGGCGUUCCCAAAGCUGAAGAGACAGGUGCUGACCUAUGACCCCCUCGUCAGCUCCCCCAAAGACUUCACAGACAGCACCAUCUUCUAUGUCAACCAGGAGUUUUCAAUCAUCAAAAACUCCAAAGUCCAGAAGCGUGGAAAGAUCAAUUUGAUUGGCCGGCUGCAGCUGACCACUGAGCGAAUGAGAGAAGAGGAGAACGAGGGGAUCGUUCAGCUCAGAAUACUCAGGACUCAGGAGGCCAUCAUCCAAAUCAUGAAGAUGAGGAAGAGGAUCAGUAAUGCCCAGCUGCAGACGGAGCUGGUGGAGAUCCUGAAGAACAUGUUCCUGCCUCAGAAGAAGAUGAUCAAGGAGCAGAUCGAGUGGCUCAUCGAACACAAGUACAUAAAGAGGGACGAGACGGACAUCAACACCUUCAUCUACAUGGCCUAGGCAGCCAGCGAACCCUUCGCUCUGUUCUUAUUUUACUCCUGGCCUGUGAGCGGCGCUUUGAAACGCUUUUAGAGGAGACGGGGGAAAAGGAUGCGUGUUCAAGGACGAGGAAGAGCAUUUUCAACAGAAGUGGGGAGAUAUUUGUGUUUGUGAGACGCCAGUGUGUUACUGAGGGGAGAGUCUGUCCUGCUGCCCUCCAGUGUUAGUCAGAGGAGAGGGAAGCUGUCUGCCAGCAGCUGCGAUCAAACAAACAGACAUUAUUAAAUAAAUACUUCCUGCCUUACUUUGUCGGUCAUGGACUGCAGAGGACGAGCUGUGAGGAGGACGGGAGGACAAAUGUAACGAGCUGAUCAAUCCUUUGCUUUCACCUAAUGCCACAGCUGCACUUCUGCAACCCUCCUAUUCUACAUUUGUCUUAUUUUUUGGAAUAAGAAUGCAACAAAACUGGGAUUGAACGCCGGGAGCAAUGAGGAAGAGCGGACAUGGAGACAUGGAGACAGAGAUUAGUUAAAACUACCGAGGAGUAUUUUGCCAAAUUGUGUGUGUGUGUGUGUGUGUGUGUGUGUGUGUGUGUGUGUGUGUGUGUGUGUGUGUGUGUGUGUGUGUGUGUGUGUGUGUGUGUGUGUGUGUGUGUGUGUGUGUGUGUGUGUGUGUGUGUGUGUGUGUGUGUGUGUGUGUGUGUGUGUGUGUGUGUGUGUGUACUUUCAACAGCAUGCUGCUCUAUGAUUUGUUAAUUGAAGGAUCUGUCACACUUUGUGGUUGUGUCUGAGAUGAUGGGGAAAUCAAAACCAGACACUAAUUAAAUGCUGGUUUUCCUUUUUUUCUUUAGGGCUGUAUAGAAUAAUAAAUUACCAAGAAAAAAACACAAGUGUAAGAGAAAACAUUGGGAAUUAGGUGAGCUUAAGAGGUAACAUUCACAGGAACACAACUCACCAAUCUACAGAACAUAUCCAUGGGUCACGCAUGCUUAAAGGGGAAACACCGCCCCCUGCAGGCGAGCAAAUGUAACCUCGAUUAAAAUCUCUAAUUUCGCUACUUUUGAAAAAUGUUGAUAACAUUUGGGAUAAUGUAGGUAUAAAAAAUAUUUAACAUUAGUCAUUUUUAGCCAUUUCAAUAGGGAAAAUGUUACAUAAUAAUUCAUUUCUUUGAUUAUUGCUCAGAGGGAGUUGUGUGUCCUUCACUUUCAAUUUUUGAAAGGGCUAAAGCAACUGCAAUACUGUCACACCAACAUUGACCAAGUGAGUAUCCUCACACUUGCUGAGGGAUGUCACUAAGUUCUCGCUGCUCAGACAUAAAAUGGUUCCUCCAGCAUCGCCUCACAUCAGGGUGAAUACAGGGUCUGUUGCAGAAGCUAAAGUAAGGUAUGAGGGAGGAAAAUAAGAUGCUGUCAUGAGCAAGUCAGAGCAACAAUAUCAGUCGAGAUGAAACACUUUGCAUUUCAUAAACACUGCAUUUUUAAAUGAUUUAAAGCACUAAUUUCACCCAAGUACUGCUACAACCUAACUAUGUGACCUGAUCUGUGAGUGUGAGCUCUGACUGUAUUUCCUGAACACGAGAGCAGUGAGGGAGAGGAGAGACAACAGUGAAUGUGUGGGAUUCAAUUUGUUUUAUAUUUAUUCUAUAUUUAUAAAGAAUGUUACUUUCUUUGUAUUUGAAAUGAUUUCUUUGCAUUUCUUUUUGUGUUUUUGGAAAGGUGUGCAUUCACAGGGCUGAUACAGUAUUAACUAACUCAAACUCAACUUUAAAAAAGAAGAAAAAUGUAUUUUAUUCAAUUUCCACUUCUAAUGAUUUGACUCAGUUUAUCCAAAUGCUGAAAUGGCUUCUCACUUCCUGUUCUAAAAGACCAGGAUGUUGGUAAUAAUCACGUUUGAAUUCUA